AUGGUAAAAUUGAGUGUUCCCCUACAGUUUUGUAUCGAGGCGGGAGAGAGUGGUGGAUGUGUUUCGAAAGAAUGUACUCGUCUUCACUUAUGUCCCUUCUUUAUCAAGGGAAACUGCAAGUUUGGUUUAAAGUGUAAAAGAUCCCAUAAUUGUGGUGAUGAACAUACCGUUCGCGUUCUUGAACACUUCCACCUUCGGUUCUUACAUACGUCUUCUUCGUCCCUUCUGCAAGAAAUUUUGAAAAUGACCCUAGACGAGAGUAAACUACAACGAGCUGCUGCCAAGCGAUCUGUUCCAGAUAUCUGCAAGUUUUAUAACAAAGGCACUUGUAAGAAAGAGGACAAUUGUCACUGUUUACACGUGUGUCAACAUUACAUUGAUGGAGAUUGUAAGUUCGGCAGUGGAUGUAAACGGAAGCAUUAUUUUUCUGACCCGCAAAACAGAAAAGUGCUUGAAGAAUAUGACAUGGAUAGGAUCGGUGAGCUUCAAGUGCUUCAGCGUUUGAAAAAUAGAGAAAGAAAACGUCCGAGCAGCGGACGUUUUGAUGUGCAGAUUCCUGUUAAAUAUAAAUUUGUACGCGAAGCUGCAAAUACCAGCAUUCCUUCCGCCAAACCAAAAGAUGAAAAAGGAAAGGAUGACACUGAGAUUUGUGGAUUCAAUCUAUGUAACAAGUGUAAGUAUGGAAACAGCUGUAUCCAUCGUCACACAGAGCUACCAUACCUGUGGGAAUUUGCUGUAGAUGGUGACAACUGGGAGUGUUUUUCGUGUGAUGUGAAUACAAUGCUGGAACAUUCUUACUGUGAUGUUCACAAUGGCGAAUGCACAGUCAUGAUCAGAGGUAUUCUUUGUCGUGUCCAAUUUACUGACAUGACUGCUGUACCAGUUUUACCACAUGCAAGUGAGUACCGCUUUUGCUAAAGUUUAAUAAGGAACACUUCCACCGUAUUAAAAUCAUCUGUUGUGUAGCGAGCGAGUUGCUCGAACACACCCCCAAAUAUGCCACAGUCUCAUCGGCUCUUUCGGCCAUCUGAUCCUUUCUUUAAUCAGUUUUUUAAGCCCUCGGUAAGGCCUCGCGUUUUAAAUUUUUUUCUGUCCUAACACCUUUUCCAUCAUAAACACGUCUAGUUCAUUGAGAUCAAAUUAUGGCGCAUCAUCAGACAGUCAUUGGCCCUCUUCUAGAACGGGAAUUGAAGAAGAGUACCAAAGCUCUAAUUCUCUUUCACUCACAGUACUCCUACCUCCUCUGAAAUAUGUUGAAUAGAAACUAGUAUCGUGGAUGAGACACAACAAUUGGAUUGAAUGUUUUGCUUCAUAAGGAGAAAGGAUGCAAGGCUACGUAACUUUGUUAUUAUCUCAACUUUUAUUAAAGUGCACGCAUGGAAGAUUUUUGUCCAUUAAAAUAUAUAUUCAUUACAAAGUUUUCACAAAGGUGGAUGAAUGGAAGUGUUCUUGAAUUCAGUUAACGCCAAAAUUGGCAUAUUUCAAAGAAAUGUUUCUGAUGAUUGAUUCAUGCUAGAACGGAUAUACUUUUACUGCAUUUUUUGAAAAUGGUAUUGAAAGGAAGGGAAGUUACUCUACAAACAUAAAAGCAUUAUGCAAAUCAAUUUUCACCUUAAGCCUCAAACGCAUUCGCCUGAUGUAUGGAAGCAAGUUCAGUUCUUGCUAAGGCUAAGAUAACGGACGAAAACACUGCAAAAGGUUGAAAAGACAAGUUCAUCAACCGACGCAUAUAGUCCGACGCCUUUAAGACAUGUCGAGAGAGAUGGAUUUUGAUUUUCUGGGACUAUCGACGAAUGUGCAUUAAGACAGCCUUCUCCACAGGGGUCGCAGACUCACAACAGGCUCUUCGAAGCCAAAUUAUAAAUUCAAAUUAUAAGGAUUCGAAUAAAUACGUUACGUUCUUGGCAAAGCGUAAGGCCAAGAUAGAUAGAUAGAUAGAUAGAUAGAUAGAUAGAAACUUUAUUAAAGUGUCAAAGCCGUCUAGCCAGGGAAAAAAGAAUCCCUUACUAAUUUGGCGACACCAAUUAGGGGAGAAUAUACAAAGUAAAAACUAUAUACCGUAGUAGGUAACAUAUCUAUAGUUAUCUAAUUACGAGAUUUAUAGUAAAAAUAUACAGAAGUCAAGAUGAACAAAGGCUACAGCCUGCGCAGCCAUCAUCUAAAAGUUCACUUAUAUUGAGUUGGCGUAUCUUGCUUUUAAACGACAUUAGGGUUGUGACGUCCCUAAUACUCUUGGGUAGUUUUGUCCAUAGCCUAGGCCCUAGAUAUCUAAUAGAGUGCUUGCCGUAGGUGACUGUCUCAUACCUAGGUAUAGAGAAAUCUGCUUGCCUCAGAUUGUAAUUAGUAUUUGGUUCUUUAAAGAUGUUACUUAUAUAUGCACGGCACAGUUUAUGCUUUACUUUAUACAUAAGGAUGCACAGAUCCUGUAAGCGACUAUUUAGUAGUGUGGGCAGGUCUGCCUUCUCUAAUAGUUGUUCAUAACUAGAAUUAUUAUCCUUGAAAACCGCUCUAAGUCCUCUUUCUUAUAGUCUUUCAAGCUUUCGAGUGUCACUCGCUUUGCAAAAAUGCCACACUAGGUGACAGUAGGUGAGGAAUGGUAAUAUCGCGCUUUUGAAUAAUAUUAACUUAGAUUUCAUAGGAAUUAGAUUACGUAGUCUCAUUAGAACACCAAUUCUCUGGCUGGCUUUUUUACAGAUAGAUAUUAUAUGCUCAGAGAAAUUUAGCUUAGAAUCUAACACUACUCCUAGAAGUAUGAUAUUAUCUUUAGUUUCAAUUACAACAUCAUUCACACAAAUAUGGCUGGAUAUUGGCCAAGUUCUGUUUUAUGAUUUUUAAGUCGAGCUCAAUAAAAAGGCAAAAAAUAACGAGGCUAAUUUCAAACCAUCUUGAACGGACAAGCUUGGUCAAUAAAGCCGAAAAUCGAGAUUCGAGGAAAACAAAAUUAACUGUUUCCCUAGCGACCGGUUAUUAAGUAUUUAUUAUAAAAUAGCAACAAUAGAUACAAUGCGCGCUAUGAUUUGCACACUGUUAAGAUCUUUUGAAGUGCGCGCGCGCUAGCGCAGACACGAUUUUAAAAGGCCUUAAGGCCAUCCCAAUAGAGUACAAAAUGUUUCGUUUCCCAUCGCCCGACCGACCCAUUUUUUUCGAAAAGUGAAAAAAAAAUCCAGAUUCACUGGUCAAAGAAGCAACUACUUUGCUUUACAAGCACACGAUCUUGUUUUAAGAACAAUUGGUAUGAUGUGAUGUCCUUGUCUUUAAUUAACAUCGAUACUACGUUUUUAAAGGCUGUUUAGACAUUUGAUAGUCGUGUUAAUAUACAUCUUUUACCAUCUGAUUAUUUAUCUUACCGAUUAAACGGGAGAUUUAAUAUACAAAAGUAAAAGUGUUCAUUCUUUUGUUGUUUUUUUUUCCUGACCGACCGACCCACCACCAUAAGAGACGGGGCGAUGGGAAACGAAACAUUUUAUUGGGAUGACCUAAAUAAGUUUUGGGUUCACUUUCUUUAUCCAUUUCUUCGACGGUUAAAACUUGGAAAAUCUUUGCAAACCGAUACAUUACGCUAUCUCUUUCUGAACUCGGACGCGAUUCCCUCUCUUCAGUUCCAACCUAAUUUCCCCUUUUUUGGUUGACUCUAUAGUACAAAGUUUAUUUUGCAGCGACGUUUUCAUCCAACGACGGCGACGGCAACGCAAACGUCAAAAAGGCAGUAGAUUUAAUAAAGCAAGACAAGAACGUUGCACGUGCUGCACGUUUUAUGGAGGACGUAAGCGACGACGGAUUUUUCUUCUCUUUUUGAGUUUGGAUAUGGUGCUUGGGAAUUUACCUGCGGGAAAGUUCGCCUAAAUUUGACAAAGCGAGUGAGUUGGAGUUAUCGCGAUGAAUAUUAAAAGAAUACGAAUUCGCUUUCUAAGGCCCCGUCCACACAAAUCCGAAUAUUUUUGUAACUGCAAAUUUUUCUUUGUGGAUUGAAAAAUUUUCACGUCUACAUGUAUCCGUAUUCAAAUCGAAUUUGGUGGUCCACGCGUAUCCGGAGUCACUCGCAGUUCGUCAGCUAAUUUGUAAAGCGAUCUUGGGCUCAUGCAAAAAUUUUAUCGCCAAUCUUCUUCAAUAACUGUUUCAAUGACAAAAUUGUCCCACCAAGCACUAUUUCGCUCGUUUAACUUGUUUACGGCGUCCAAUUCGUCCGUCCGACAUAGAAAGAACCUUCAAAAUAUCGAGCGGCCGUCUGGCAUAAUUCAGGUGCACAGUAAUCAGAGCUAGGUUUAACUAAGAUAAGACUUGGAACGGAAGUCCACGAAGUAAAGAAGCGAUAACAUUGCAAAUCCUAACCUAAAAAGGUUUCCUUGGGUUAACCGGUUUAUUGUAGAAUGCGCUCUUUCCGUACAUACACGAUCUACAAAAUGGACCUCAUUUUUACAUUCUCGUGUAAUAUCUUGUUUCUUUGUUAAUCGUAAACAGCUUUUGUUUCUUUUUUAGCCUGUCUACUAUUAAUUUACUUUUGAAUUAAGUCGCACAAAGGAACACCACAUUUAUGUUGCAGUUUCCCGCAAUUAAUCUCCGUUUAUUAAAAGUAUGAGGUGCAGAAACUCUUUGAAUUUUGAUACAAAAGUUAUUGCAAAAGGCGGGAUUUAAGUGGUCUUUUCCUCAGCGAGUACGACAAAAUCCGGGAAAUGGCAUCUACCCUCGCAGGCUGAUAAAUAUUAUAGGUAGUUUUAGUUUUUAGCUUUUAAAAAUUUAAUAGUUUUGUAAAUUAACUUGCUUAUAUAUAACAAUUAAUUAAGGAACAUCGUCUGGUAUGUCCGCUUUGAACUGCACAAAUCCAAAGAUUCAACGACUGUCUACUGUAUCAUCGGUGGUUGCAGCAGCAGGCCAUGUUUUUAGUACUAGGUGGGAUUGGUUCUGGCAGGAUGAAAACAACAAGUGGCAGUCAUAUGACACACCAUCUGAUGGACAUGCAGCCAGCACCACCAGCAGCCAGUGUCUUGAGAGGGAAUACAUGGCAGGUUAGAAAACAAUACUUCAUCCUUCCCCUUUGGUAGAAUUGAAUCGCUUUAAGUCGAGUCAACUGACUGCUUGUAUACCAGCUGACAGGUGCAUCCCUUCCCCACUUUCAAAUGAUCAUGAAAUCUUUCUGAACAACUCUGUCAAUUCUGAGAACUGUGUGCUGAAUCGUCUAGAAAGUGUGAGGACACGCGCUAAAUCUGCGCCACAAAGAAUUAAUAAACUUUAUAAGUUACAAACUAGAACUUUUUUGGUUUCCGAGUGGUCGCUAGUAUCGUAGCGAGUACCUCUCAAAAUAAAAUCGCGGUCUAUUUCAGCAAUCGUUUUUGCAACGGUGACCUGGAUCGUUAGAGUUUAUGCCAUGUAAUGUCCGGUUGCGAUCAUAAACUCUAAAGAAACCUAUGGAAACCAUCCUUAAAAUUCCUGAUGGCAAAUGUUAGAUGCUGUUAGAGACCAAGCUAAAAGAGGCCUUCAGGGAGAUGCAUAAGAUGCGUAAGAGCAUAACUCAGAAAGAUACGAGACUUUCUUUGUUGGCUUGAUUCUCACGGGUAGACAUGCUAGCCAUUAACCGGAGUGGAUAUAUAGAGUUUUAACGUACGAAGCAAGUACCCACAAUUCAAAGGUCUACUCUUCUGCAAUUUUUCUUCAAGAGGCAUUGAAUAAAGUUUAGUUGAAAAUCAACUCAGGUUUCAACCGUUUCUUUCUUUAAACGGGUAGCCAUCUAUUUGCUUGUUUUAUUUCUCUUUUUUUAUCUCGAACCAUUGUUUCAAACAAUAAAAUGAAUGAAACUGCAUUAACUCAAUCGUAAUGAAUUUUAUUUUCAGAAAAGGACUCUCAUUCGUUCAGCGUAUCUCACAGACAAUAUACUCUGUACUUCAAAGGAUGGUACCAACAAAAUGAUGGUAAUAAAACAAAAAGACCUGUUAGAAGGAGGCCUUCUGAGUUUGUGACCAAACAGAAUAUGAACGAGAUCAUUGCACAAAGGUAUUUCUCAUUAGUUAGUGUUUAUUUCUUUUCAACACUAACAUGCUCAACCACUCUUUGAUCUCUUAAGGUUCUUAGCUCACACCAACAAGGCAUACAGUCAAAACUCUUUAAUACGGACACCAAAGAGACAGAACCAAGUGUCCGCUUUACAGAGGUGUCCGUAUUAUAGAGGUAGGGAAUGUGUGAUUUUUGGCAUUUCUGGACCCAAACGAACUGUCCGUAAUUGAGAGGUGUCCGUAAGGAGAGGUUAGACGGUAAUUUAUUACAAGCGGUACAGUGAUUAAACCAAAAAUUUGUAGGACCAAGCCUAUGGGCUGGCCACGCCCCUGUCAUAAUAACUCGUAAAAGGCACCUUCCCUUCGUAUGCGCCACACCUGAAACCAGAAGCAAAACUUUUCACCAGUGCCGCCAAUGUAAGUAGCCUGGCAGUCGUAGCAUUUGACCUUGUAUACCGCUCCCUGUCUGUCCUCCAGUUUGUCUUUGUGCUUGACAUUAGUAAGUAGUCGUCGUAAAGUGGUUAUUGGUUUCUGUGCAAUAUGUAUAUUGUAAGGUUGUAAUAUACGUGCAAUAGUUUCACAGGUGCCUCUGAUGUACGGUAUAGUCGCUGUCGUAACAGGGCCAGAGUUGACGUUGGUUUGGAUGUUGGAAUCAGUAGUAGUGUUACUGUGAGUGUUCCGUCUAACAAAGUCCGUGUCGUAGUUCUAUUUAUCAGUCACGUCUUGUAAGCUGUCAGGCUACUCGCACAAGUUGCGCUCGUCUCGUUAAAGUGCGUAGAGUUGAAGCCUUGUGAGAGGUCGGGUUGUACGAUGACUUUUCUCGUAAUCGGUCGGUAUGUGUCGCUUUUCCGUAGUCACCGUUGUUGCCGCGAGUGACGAAGCAGGCUAGAAAAGGUAUUUUUUCAUUCUCCUCGAUCUCCUUGGUAAACUGUAUGUCCGCGUUCUGUCUGAAAAUUGUCGAUUUCGUCUUUGUGCCAGCGGUGAAUGUGUCAUCAACGUAGCGUAACCAAAGAGGUAUAGCUCGCGUGUAAGUAGCUAGGGUUGUUCCUCGAUGUUUUGCAUUACAAGUUCUGUUACAACAGACACUUGACAGCCCAUAGCUGUACCAUGUAACUGUUUGACGUCAAUAAAGUUCCCAGUAUACUGUAGUUUAUGUCCAGAUUUGUCCGUCAGAGAUUUUAGCUUGGUGGUUAAGUAUUUAUUUAAGACUGUUCGUAAGUCGGGUACCCAGAGAAAGAAACUAUGGGCCGCAUAGGUAUGUUGGGUUUGUGUAGUUUUGGUAGUCUAUACAGCUUGGGUGGCUGCGGAACACUAAACCUCAGUCUGUUGUAGCGUCGAAAGUCGAUCCUGUUGGUUUUCUUCGACAGUGUAAGCAGUAUGUUGUUAAGUUUGCGUUGCAGUGCGGGCGUCGGGUCUCGUUUAAGUACUUCGUAGGUCUGUUUGUUGUUAACAAGGGCGUCCAUUUAGUCGUUGUAGUCUGUCAUGUUCAAAACAACAGACACCUGUCCCUUUUCUGAGGGUAGUAUGACUAUGUUCUCGUCGGUUUUCAGUCGUUUCAUUGCAAAUUGCAAAGUAGAGGUCAUUCUACUUCUGAUGUUAUCCUUGAUCGAUUUUGAUAGCUCGUGUUGACGAGACAGAACGGCCUCAACGCUAGAUACAAUAGCCUCUGUAGGUAUUUGUUUAGGUGACACUGAGAGUUUAUGAUCCUCUUGCCACUGCACCACCAUUGUCCUCCCUCUAACACAUUCGGAAACAGCAAAGCUCACUAGGGUUUCUACCAGUUAAUGUCACCCAACUGUCAGUAGUAGAUUUUAAGUCAUUUUAUGGAACUUUUUUCCUCAAAUUUCACUCAGGCGCAGAACAGCUUCCUUAGCCCAAUUAGGAAUAACGUCAGCAUCAUUAUCAGAGCCUGAUGCUUUACCAUCUCACUGGAACCCCAUCCCUGAUGGUGAAGACUACCUUUGUGUAAAACUGGACAUAACAUCCGACGAAUACAAGAGAGUAGAGAAAAAGUUCCAAGAAACAAUGGAUUUUUCUCCCAAGAUAAUCAAGAUUGAGCGAGUGCAGAACCCCGAUUUAUGGACUUUUUACACUCAGUAAGAACGUAUCCAACUUUUUGUAGUAGCUCGCAAAGACUUGCUUAAAUUCUUUUAAAAACGUUUUAAUGGUGUUUCUCUUAAGCUGACUAGGGCCGCUCAGUUGUAGAAUCCCUUCUUUUGAUUAUGACGCGUUAAAACUAGGGUUCUUAACUUGCUAAGGGCGAGUUUGCGUUUGGACUUCUGUUCAUUUGUAAGUAUUAGCUCAUUUGUUUGCGUGCUCAAAAUUUAAGACGGAAUCCACCAGGAAAUUGAGUAAUUUUAAUUUUCACUGGACAAAAGUCUUCUACCAGCGGUAAUAAGUCAUCUGUAGUAACACCAAAGAAAAUUUCUAAUGGAAGUCCGAGAAAAUGAAUGUCAAAUUUCACAAGAAUUGUGAUGACACAGGUAAAAUUCUGAAAAUUUCAUGUGUCAGAUGUAAUUCUGUGAAAUUUGACUUUCAUUUUCUCCGGGUCCUACCAGAAAUUUUCUCUGGUGUUAUUACAGUUAACUAAUUAUAUCUUUAGCCCUUGAAAAAUGCGAUAUUAUGUAAUUAUUCUGGUACAACGUUUUUGUCCGCUGAAAAUUGAAAUUACUCAAUUUUCUGAUGGAUUCCGUCUUAAAGUCCUGCACGCGUCUUUAGAGCGUUAGUUAUUUGGUUUACUGAUUCCUUCUCCUUUUUUAGGAAGAGGAGCCGCAUGGCCAAAAAAGCCGGAAAAGACCCCGAAGAGCGUCAAUUGUUCCAUGGGACCAAAGCUGACACUGUUGAGGCCAUCUGCCAGCAGGGCUUUGACUGGCGGGUAUGCGGCAAGCAUGGGACGGUCUAUGGGAAAGGAAGUUAUUUUGCUUGCAAGGCCAGCUACUCGCAUGGGUACACUGGAAAUCAGUUUAUAUCUAGUUCUCACAAGCACAUGUUUUUGGCUAGAGUACUGGUAGGUUCUUACACCAGUGGUAAUAGCUCACUGACUCGUCCACCACCCAAAGACCCCACAAACCCUCACGUUCUGUUUGACUCCUGCUGUGAUAAUAAAACCAACCCCUCUCUGUUUGUUGUCUUUGAAAAUGGCCAGUCCUACCCGGAGUAUUUGAUCACUUAUGCUUGAUCUUACAUAGCUUUUCGUAACACAGAAGGUGUGGAAAAUGUUGUUCAGACAUUUUCCAAAUGUUUAAGUGCGUAGUUGCAAGCUUACUUCUUAAACGUUUUGUGAAUUUCCAUGACUCGACAUUAGCGUUUGCAUGGUUAAUUGUCAGGAGCUUUCGACUGAUUAAUCAUUAUGAGUAGUAGAUCUUGUAGAUAGG